AUGCCAGAGCGCGUCACACUUGCUGAAGUGGUCGAGCUACCACAGUAUAUGACAUAUGCUCAGGUCCUCAAGUCCGGCUCGCAUAAAUCGAUUUCGAAGUCCAGAAAUAUCUUAGUGACAGCGAACCAGUACAAGUCUGAGAGCACCCGAGGCAGCUCAAAGUGCUUGACGACUGCACUCUUCAAGAACACCUUCCAAGACGAGCCAUUGGGUACUCUCACCAAGCUCCCCAACGAGAUCAUCGUUAAGAUCCUCGAGUACCUUGUCCCCCGGAGAAUCGAAAUCCAAGUCUACACCUGCCGGGAUCGCGCCCAGGAUCGCUUCGAACUCUGGUGGUCUGCCAAUGAAUGCGUGCCACAGCGAUUCCCGAUUUUCCCUGGGUGCUUCAUUGAUCGCAACUUCGAACCUAUCUGCAGGACUUUGCUGCGCAUAUGCAAAGACUUGAGUGUUCACCACGGGCCUAUGAUGUAUUCGCGCGUGGAGGUGGUUGCCAGUAACUGCAAAGGCAUCUACUGUCGCCACCACACAGACAUCAUUGCAAACACAUCCGACGCGCGUCGCGAGCGUCGCGAGCGUUGCGAGCGGGCGCACGAUAUGGCUCUCAGCAGUCUGCAUCGAAACAUGGUGGAGAGGUUCGACUCCCGCGAAUGGGUCGAUGGCGCCGAUCGAGACCACGAGCUUGGCUUGUUCCGUGCCCGCGUGUGA